UUGCCAAUGUAAAGGAAAGUUAAUAAAAGGAACUCAUAACGGCAUCGUACACCUAUAACGAGUCGAGUAUAAACAUUUCAAGCACGCCAUCACCUACAACGGGAAAGUCAACGAUACUUUCCGCUUGGUUCAUUCGGGAGCGGCGCCGAGCCCUGUUUAGACGAGAGGGCGUGGCUACAGUUUCCAAUGGAAAAAAAAAGUUUCACCAAUAAGUCGCAGUCAGUUGGUGAGUCAAGUCUCGAGAGCUCACGACCGUCUGUGUUCACGCACAUUGAGGAAAUAAGAUGACAACUAAUGUAAUCAUUAUUAUCGAAGAUGACGACACCAAGUGGAAUGAGCUUCUUGCUCCGGCCCCCAUGGGCAUCGCCGUCAUGAGCCAACUGUUGAUUUGCGCAUCUCGAGUGACGGAUUUCAAAAUCAACCAGACUGACCCGAAGAAAAUUCCUCUAUUAAAACAUCCAGAGAGUUUCCGCACAACUUUGGUGCAAAUCGCCAACGAAUCGUACGAAGCCUUCGCCAAAGCUCACAACAAUAUGGAGAAAAUUCAGUUGCAGAUGGGCCAGGUACCUGACUACGCCAAAGAUUGCGCUAGGUACAUGAACUCCGAAAAUAAAGAAAUGAUGAAGAAAUUAUUGCCCAGACGCCUGGAGAGAAUCAAAGAAGCGGCUGACGACGGAGCCACACUCUCAAAGGAAGUCUGCGAUGCUUUUGACAAAUUGGGGCAGCUGAUAAGACAAGUUCUUUCAGCCUCAUCGCUAAGCAUGGGUGAGAAAGAGAAAGAGAUUAAGGACAAGAUUGAGGAAGUGAAAGAGAGAGAAGAGGCAGCCAAAAAGGAACAGCAUAAAAAAUUACAAGAGCGACUUGAAGAACAGCAAAGAGCCGCCAACAGAAAAGGAGAAUAUUUGGACGAAACUCGCAAAGGCAAGUGGAAUUUUUGGCUUCAAUUAAUUGGCUGCGAGAGUAAAGAUAAAUCACUUGUCUACGCCCAACAAAUGAAAGAAGAAGCCGAAAAUAAAUUGAAGGAAAUGAAGAAAGAAGCAGAGCAAGUUCAGGAGCAACUCGACAAAAUCACGAGAGAAAACAUUGCAAGUUUGGGGGAAAUGCGAGUUGAUGUCAAAAAAGCUUUCAACCAAAAUGAAACGCUACAAAUCCUAAGAGAAGGUUUAAAAUACCUGGGGCAGUUACAAGGAAAAUGGGCGAACAUGAAUAGAUACUUUGAUUCCGUAAGAAAUUACUACACUACGGUGACAUUUAAAGCACUGACUGACUUGUUAGCUGAUGCCAAAGACGCACAGGGGGGAGAUCCCGAUAUGAUCGAAGAAUUCAAAAUCUCCCUACAAAAGUCGUUGGGAUCCUGCAUCAAGACGAAACACUCCGCCAAAAUGUACGUCAAAGUCUCCAACAAUCACAUCAUGAAGAGCAUCAAUCUAAUGCACGGAAUGCUUGCUCUUCCCACCAAUGAGAUUGAGGAAGCUCAAAAUAAGUUAGUAGCAUCAUGUGAAGCUGCGGCUAAUGGCAUCAAGGACAUGUACAACGAGGAUAUGAGUAACACAAUUCGUGAAAUACAAAUAUUAGCCAAUCCUCAGAACAGUUGAAAAUAAUGGUCAUUAAUUAGCAAAUGUAAUCCGUGAAUUGUCAUUUGGUGGUUAAAAAAAAAUACAAGAAAUCAAACAUUA